GAAGUCUUGUUGUUCUUGAUAACGGGCACCGACACAACACGAUGACAAGUUACCUGUUCCAGACAUGGAGAGAAAUCAUGAAGCCGUAGUAAAGUCGACAUAAAACAAUCGUCUAACAGUUGGCGGGGAGUCGGGAGCGGGUUAAAGUGAGCUGCACGUGACUGCUGCUGGACGACGACGUGUUUGUGAUAUUGUUAGACUAGCUAAUCCUAGAGAGGCACAGUGCUAACAAAUAGCCCUAAGACUGCAGGGAACAGCCUAAUAAAAAGCCAACAGGACACUUCCCGAGACACCAGAAAGAUUCAACGCGACCUUCAGUCGAAAUGGGUCUGUGGACAAUUUCAAAUGGGACAAGCGAGCUUUGAGGAUGGUACUGACUAUUCUGAAGGGAAAAUGUCUUUUUAGCCCCUUGAACUAUGCUAGCAGAGAUGGAAAGUGUAUUUUUCCACAUCUGGUAGGACACCAAUAAUGCUCUACAGAGAUGUUGGAUGCCCAUACACGUCAGCACCUCCGCAGACAACGGCAGCAUUCAUACAUUUACACUCCAUUCACCGCAGAGCUAAACUCUUCGUAGGGUAUUUAAACAGCCAUGGCUCUGAAAUCAAGGAGACCGUGGACGACCGUGAUUUUCGGCGUCUUUCUCGGAUUCACCGCGUCCUCUUGGCUUAUUGUACCCCAGGUUCUGGAAAGUAAAAGGAAGAAAUCUCCCGUGUGUACGUACUACAGUGACUCCGCCGUCGGCAGAGUGCCUGACAUUCUCGGGAGUACCGCGGCUAUCAAGCACCGGGACAGCCCGCAGCGCAGUCAGGAGGAGGACAGGAUAUUCGGUGCGGGGAACAGUAGCGGGGAUAACGGCAGACCCAUAACACGGCCCAAGCAUUUCCUCUAUGUCGGAGUGAUGACAGCUAAAAAGUAUCUGGGGACUCGUGCCGUGGCCGCGUACAACACCUGGGCGCAUUCAGUGCCCGGAAAGGUGGAGUUCUUCUCUAGCUCUGGGUCCGGCACCGUCCACGUGCCCGUCCCCGUCCCUGUGGUGUCGCUGGCAGGUGUGGACGACUCCUACCCGCCACAGAAGAAGUCAUUCAUGAUGCUGAAGUACAUCCACGACCACUACCUGGAUAAAUAUGAGUGGUUCAUGCGGGCAGAUGACGAUGUUUAUAUAAGAGGUGAGAAGCUGGAGUUGUUCCUGCGGUCACUGAACAGCAGUAAGCCUCUUUACCUCGGCCAGACAGGCCUCGGCACAGCGGAGGAGUUGGGCAGGCUGGCUCUAGAACCUGGAGAGAACUUCUGCAUGGGUGGCCCAGGGAUGAUCUUCAGCAGAGAGGUGCUACGCAGGAUGGUGCCUCACAUCAGUACCUGUCUUAAGGAGAUGUACACCACCCAUGAGGAUGUGGAAGUGGGCCGCUGUGUGCGGCGUUUUGGAGGAACACAGUGUGUGUGGUCAUAUGAGAUGCAGCAGCUCUUCUAUGAGAACUAUGAACAAAACAAGAAAGGUUUCAUUGAAGAACUGCACAGUAGCAAGAUCCACAACGCCAUUACACUCCACCCUAACAAAAGGCCUGCCUACCAGUACCGACUCCACAACUUCAUGCUGAGCCGUGAGAUCUCAAGGCUGCGUUACCACACCAUUAUGCUCCACCGCGAAGGCCUGACUAUGACUCACCUCAGUGACACAGAAGUGCUGUGGGAGGACCAACAGCUUGGAGCCCCACCCUCCUACAUGCGCUAUCAGCCCAGUGAGAGAAAUGAUGUCAUUGAGUGGGAUUUCCUGACUGGCCGCCAUAUUUAUUCUGCUGUUGAGAACAAGAUGGCCCGACAAAACCUUGGGAACUCACUGCGGACUGCACUAGAAGACAUUAUACUCCAGGUCAUGGAAAUGAUUAAUGAAAAUUCUAAAACACGUGGCCGUGUGAUUGACUUUAAAGAGAUUCAGUAUGGCUACUACAGAGUGGAUCCAAUGCAUGGAGCAGAGUACAUCUUGGACUUACUGCUUCUGUACAAGAAACAUAAGGGACGCAAAAUAACAGUGCCUGUGAGGCGGCAUGCUUACCUUCAGCAGUCCUUUAGCCGACCCUUCUUUACUGAAACUGAAGAGUUAGAUGUGGCUGAACUCGUGGCUGCCAUCAACUCUGAAUCCCAAUCCCUGUCUUUCCUAUCCAACUCUCUGAAGUUCUUGUCACCUUUCCAGUUCUAUGAGUCAACCAGGGAAAUGUGGGAGCAAAGCCAGAGGAAGGUCAACAUCCUCGUCCCACUGUCUGGUCGCUAUGACAUCUUUGUCCGCUUUAUGGAGAACUUUGAGAAAGUGUGUUUGAUACCCAAACAAAAUGUUAAGCUUUCCGUCAUUCUAGUGGACAAUGAAAAUAGUCUGAACAGAGGAAAACACAUUCAGUUAAUCAAAGACUAUAACAAGAAGUAUCCCAAAGCUGAUCUGUCUGUGAUUCCUAUGACAGGCAACUUUUCACGAGGGCUUGCUCUGGAGCUGGGCUCCUCACAGCUUGAUAAUGACACUCUACUCUUCUUCUGUGAUGUUGAUCUUAUCUUUAAUGGCGAUGCCUUGCAACGCUGCAGAGACAAUGCUGUGCAAGGGCAACAGGUCUAUUUCCCUGUUGUCUUUAGUCAGUACAACCCCAAGAUAGUGUAUGCUGAGAAGGCCCCAAGAGAAAACCAAUUUGUGCUCACCAAGAAAGGUGGUUUCUGGCGAGAUUAUGGCUUUGGAAUCACUUGUGUUUUCAAGAGUGAUCUGUUAAAAGCCGGAGGAUUUGACACCUCAAUCCUAGGCUGGGGAUUGGAAGACGUAGACUUGUUCACAAAAGUUAUUAAUUCUGGUUUAAAAGUAUUACGCAGUCAAGAACCCGGGAUUGUUCACAUUUAUCACCCUGUCCACUGCAACUCUAGUCUUGAGCAGAAGCAACACAAAAUGUGCCUUGGGUCAAGAGCAAGUACGUAUGCAUCGUCAAUGCAGUUAGCAGAGCUGUGGCUGGAAAAACACAUAGAGGUAGGGUAUAACAGAACUUCAUCCUGACACUCUAGUCCAUCUGGACUCCUCCAUGCAAGUUUACCUCAGUUCUGCUUGAAUGCAGACCGAAAUGGACUGUGUGUGUGUGUAUGUGUGUGUGUGUUGUAGUGUGACUGUUGAUUAGACGUCGUCUUUGGCUGGAAAAUUUGACCCAGAAAGGACCCAAAACUAUCCUCUCCAAAAGAGAGAUGGACUCAACCAAUUAGAACCACAAGGAGCUAAACCUGAACUGACCUGACAGCAGGUAGACCCAACCUGGAAGGGAUCCAGAGGAAAUGGUACAAGACCGGAACAGAGUCGAGGAUUUCUGCACCUAAUUUGAUGGAAGUCUGUUUCAAACAAAGUAUCUGCUACCUUAUCCAUUUCCAAACCAGCUGAAAAUUGAAACUGGUUGAAUUCAAAUGGCUGUUAAUUGGUACAUUGAACAUUGUACAGUUCACUUCAUUGAUUUAUUAUUUUCUGUGCCAGUGAUACAAAUAUAGAGUGCACACGCAUGUGGGUGUUGGGGGUAGCUGGUUUUAAUCUUUAGGCCUACAGUUAGGCUUAACUCUUAACGCUCUACCAUUUUUAGACAUGUAUAAAUGGCAAAGGCUACUUUGAGGAGUCCCAACUCAAGUUUAAAAAAUGACCCAAAGUACAAGCUAAAUCACCCAAAGUACCUGAUGGGUGAUUUCAAGUAAUAUGUUAUCGUGGCAGGAAAUUAAAUCAAGGGAAAAAAAUAUACAUUAUAGUUGAAUCAUAAGGAUGUUAAAGGUUACACAAAGUGCUUUAAUGUGUUGCAGGUUUCAGUGUGCAGGAGAACCAUGGCCUGCAACUCAGUCAAUCAGUAAAUUGAAUAUUGUGUUACUCUGCUCUUCGUGACUGAAGUGAUUGUGGUGAUAUGGAUAGCUGCUGUACCUUGAGCAGCAUCAUCUGCUGCGUAACACAAUCCGUAUGUGUGUGUUUAAGUUUAUGUGUGUGAGAGAGAGAGAGAGAGUUGGCCUGCUUUAAUUCGUUACCUUGAACUACCUUAAUCUUCCAGUCAAUUUUUAGAAAUUCCCUCCUACAGAUCUGGAGCCAAGGCUGAAAUAUGGUGGCCAUCAUUUGUUUACCUUGCUGUUAUUAAUGCCAAACCAUGGUGAUUCAGUGGUUUACUGUCCUCCUGAGUGUGUUUCCUACCAUUGAUGUAAAUGUAAUUCUAGAGGACAGCUAAUCGAAUGUUUUCAAGGUGAAUGGCAGUUAUCAUGAUCUCAGUAUUUGCCUAAAAAGUUGUCAGAUUUAAGCAAAUGCCUAAAUCCUGGUAUAGGCAUAAAUCUAGUUUGUCAACCUAAUUUUAUUUUAUAAAUGUAGAUGCAUCAAGCUUAAAACUGGGAUAAAUUUGUUUACAAAGGUAACUAUUAUACACUGACAGAAUUCAUUGACUGUAUUUCAGUGUGUAGUUAUAGGACCUUCUUCACAUUGACAUAUAAUAUUUAAAAUGCUGUUGAAACAGCGGUUAUAUGUAACCUAGACGCCUAAAAAACUUAUUAUUCAAUCAGUUGACAAAGUUUUAACAUGGAUGUCUAGAUGUUACCGGCCUGCAAAUCAUAAGAUCACUGGUGAGUCACUUGGGAGACUGAACUGCUGUCUGUGACUGCACAUUUUAUACAGUUAUAAGUAAUGUGCAGUCUAGUUUACUCUGAGAUAAGUGUGUGGGUCUAGUCUCUCAAUCUGGUCAGCCAAUUAUGGUGAAAGGAAAUGUAGUUUGGCCAAUCAGAUAUUAAGGGUGGGCAGCACCACCUCGAGCCACGGUUUGACUCCACCACUACUCACUACUAUCUAAUAAAAGCAAAAAUGCCAGCAAGAUCAUUUUACAAACAAAAAGAAGAAAAAAGAGUGCACUCAUUUGUAUAAAUCUAUUCUAUUCUAUAUAUAGUAAAAUCUUCUGUCUGGGCCGAUGUAGCUGCCAGGCCAAAAUGCAUUCUUAAGAUUUACACACUGUACUUAUGAGGUGUUGUCUGACCACUUUAAAGACAAAGGUGUUUACAGCUCUUCUGAAAAGCCUGCUGUCUUAGAGAGGGGCAGCACACUAUGAACUGUACAAAUGGGGUUAACAACACAGAAAGUAAUGGAGAUCUUCAGAGAGAGGUUAAAUCCUGCCUACUUUCUCAACUCUGCGCUCCUGGCCAGUUGCUGUGUGAGGUGGGUGUGAUGUCAGACGGUUGAGUUGGAAAGAAACAAAAAAAAUUCCAGUGUUGGAAGAUAGGCUUUUAGAUGUUUGAUGAUCUGACAAACCUUCAUUUAAAGCAUACAGACAACAUUAAAGUCACAGGUACAGUCAGAUUAUCUGUUCCACGAUGAAGUCUCAGUCAAGCCAGUAGUUGAAUUUUGACUAAAAGUGCAGCACAUGCUCAUGUAAUCAGACUGUUGGGUCAUCUCUGUUCCUGUCAGGAAGAUCCGACACCUGCAGUGAUU